AUGUGUCGUCUAGAAGACGUACCAUCUGUACACACAGCCCAAGCAGUAACGCCUUCACCCAAUUCAUCGGCUUUUAUCGCGAGCAGAUUGACACCGACUACAUUCCUCAUCAAAGAGUAUGAUGAUAUAUACUCCGAGAAGCCGCACAUAUAUGCCAAGCUCAUCCAACAACUGAGCACAAUCAUCAUCCUCGACACCGGUUGCGGGGGUCAUUCGUCCAACCCGGAUGUUGAAAUCAAGGAGUUGAGGGAAUUCCUCGAAACCGUCGGCAUCGAAGACAACGGCGGGCGACCAUUAAAUGAAGGGGGGCGAAUGAAGUACAUCAUCAUUCUGAGCCAUUGCCAUUACGACCAUAUUUUGGCAGUUGAGCAAUUUUCUGAUUCUAUGAUACUGGCGUCGGGGUACUCCCCCGAAUUCUUGCGACCGUCGAGACUGCCCGUACACUCGCUGUGUCAAGAGCUUGGAAUCGAGACGCCUUCAUAUUCUCCAACCUUGGUUGAUCACAUGCAUCAAGUCUUGUCUUCGGAUGGAAAGAAGACGUCCAUCACCAUCAUGCAUACCCCUGGACACACGCCCGACGAACUAGCGGUAUAUGAUGGAGACGAGAAGAUGCUGUAUGUUGGGGAUACGUUGUACGAAAACGCUCCCAUUAUCUUCCCGAAGGAAGGCUCCAUAAUCGAUUGGAUGGAGACCAUCGAUGAAUUGAUUUCGUUCGUAGGCGAUCAAGAAAGUCAAAACGGGUCGGUAGUGCGGAUAAAUGCUGGCCACGAAACAGCGGCCCAACCAGCGCUAGAGGUUUUGACCGCGACGAAGGCAUUCAUGGAAGAUGUCUUGAGAGGCCGCGAAGCAGUGCAACGUCGUUGGACCAAGAGAGGAGAGGAAACAGUAAUGUACGAGCAAGACGGGAAGCGGUUUUCCCUUAUUUGCCCCGAAAGGCUCGUUGUGGAAGCCCGAAGGUAG